UGUAUUAAACCUGACAGGAUGGGAGUAGAAGAGAUGACAGCUUUAUGACUCAGCAGUACCUUUCUUUCCCUAUAAAAGUUUCACGCCACCUUUGUGUGUAGCAUCAGAUUCGCAUCAACAACAAAGAAUAUGGUUUGGGGAAUUUAGACACGGAAGAGUGAUUUUCACUAUCACAAGAAUCACUUGAUACUGUAUAUCUAAUCAAUUUGGAAUCAAUAGAAAAUAGCCCCGGAAUAUCAUGGAAAGUACAUCUAUUUUCAUUUGUGUUCUGCUCGCCCAAGUCAUUUUAGCUGGGCCUGUAGACAUGAGCACAUAUCAAGAGACCUUUGCCGACAUCAAUGAAACAAUCUCUCGGACAUAUCAGAAAGAGGAACAGAAUAACACAUUGAACACAUCAAACUUUAGUCUAAAAGCCCCUGGGCAGCGUCACCAUCCUCCCCCAAUGUGCUCGGGGCCGACCAGGAUCAAAGGAGCAUUCAAAUACAUCAACACGGUGGUAUCUUGUUUUGUUUUCAUCGCUGGGAUGACAGGCAAUCUGGCACUCCUCAGAAUUAUUUAUGAGAACAAGGGCAUGAGAAGUGGACCUAACAUUCUAAUCGCCAGUCUUGCGUUGGGAGAUCUCAUGCAUAUUGCUAUUGCCAUACCUGUCAAUGCAUAUAAGCUCCUGGCUGAGGACUGGCCAUUUGGUGUAGCAAUUUGUAAAUUAGUGCCUUUCAUUCAAAAAACAUCUGUUGGAAUCACAGUUUUGAGUUUAUGUGCACUGAGCAAAGACAGAUACCAUGUUGUGGCCUCUAGAAAUCAUAUCAAAACACUUGGUGUUCCGAAGUGGACAGCGGUGAAACUUGCUUUAAUAUGGAUUAUAUCAAUACUCCUUGCUGUGCCUGAGGCUGUUGGAUUUAAUAUGAUGGCAAUGGACUAUAAAGGAAAACAUCUUAGGAUAUGUCUCCUUCAUCCAGUACAGACGUCCCAGUUCAUGCAGUUCUAUAAGACAGGAAAGGACUGGUGGCUCUUUGGAAGCUAUUUUUGUAUGCCGCUGGCCUGCACUGCAGUGUUUUAUACUCUCAUGACCUGUGAGAUGUUGAAGAAAAGUAGGACACAGAUUGGUUUUAAUGACCAUAUCAAACAGAGGAGAGAGGUGGCCAAGACGGUUUUCAGUUUGGUGCUGGUGUUUGCUGUUUGUUGGUUACCAUUACAUCUCAGCAGAAUCUUGAAACUAACUAUUUAUAAUCAAAAGGAUCCCAAUAGAUGUGAUUUACUGAGUGUCUUCCUUGUCCUGGAUUACAUUGGAAUCAACAUGGCCUCUGUAAAUUCCUGCAUGAACCCAAUUGCUUUGUAUGCGGUGAGCAAGAGAUUCAAGGCACAUUUCAAGGCCUGUCUGUUUUGGUGGUACCCAUCACCUCAGACAGUGGCACCAGAUGAGAACCCGACCUUGGAGAAGACGAAGGUCAACGGACACGCCCCAGAGCCAAGCAAGUCCUGACACAUGAAAGAUGUCGCUGCCUCAUUUGAACAUGUUACUGUCACUGCAAUUUAGUUUUUUUUUUUUUUUUUACUGUUGCUGAUGUUUUUUUUUACACAUUUUGUGUUUGAAUGUUAAAUCAAAUUAUGUUGAUAUUUUCAUCCAUAUUUUGACAGAUUAGUUAAGUAUUUAUGCCGUGCUUUAAAUUCUUUUUGUGUGUUGACUUUGAAAAUUGGGAUGUGACAUUGUUUAUGAAGUAUAAAGCGUACACAGUCAGAACAUGACAGCUGCAUGAAGCUUUCAUGAGGGACGCUGUUUGAUGCAGAUGCCUUCAUGUUGCAUUUAUAUGUUGCUCCUCAGUAAGACUCUGUGCACCCCACAUGACUUCUACUUGAAGUGUAACUGUGUUACGUCCUUGAGUGGCAUAUAUCAUGUUGAAAAAUCUCAAAUAAAAGUCUAAAAAUCGAGUGAGGCAAUGGGUGUGGUGUUUGUUUUAUGGUAAUUGUAUUCAACACAUCCCAACACAAAUAUGUAUCGUGUGUGCAUAAUGAUCUACGGAAAGGUAGCUGAUGGGGAUUUUAUACAAAAAUAAAAUCAAAAAGAAGAAUGUCCUUCCACUGAUAGUGGCGAGUGUGUUGUUCCCACGGUAACAUUGCUCUUAAUGUGUUAACAAGUAGUGGCUGCUGUUGAAAUGUUAAUGCAUUCUCUUCCAGAGUGCCCCCAAU